AUGCGCGCCAACUUCACCUCCAUGUUGGAGCGGCUUCAUGCUCAAAGCGCCUCCGACCGCAUCUUCCUCGAAGAGAGCCUUACCGAGUUUGGUCUCUUGGUGGACAUGAGCGCGCACGAACCAGGUUCGGUGUCUCACAUCACCAUGUUUCGUGACCGCCAGGACAUUCAUGCUGCGGCCCUGGUCAAGGACGCAAGUGAGUCCGUGAUCAACGACAACGGUGAACUCUUUCAGGACUUUCCUGCAUCGUGGGCUGUGCUGGUGGAUAAGGGCUACAUUGGCCUGACUGCGUCGACGCGAGCUAUCCACCCGAAGAAGCGUCCCUCGAACUGA